GAUAAGCUGAAGUACGACGCCACGACUUACCGCACGGGAUCGUCUGAACACGUAUCGAAGUAACAACACUUUGAUCAGAUCUGGAGUUGUUUGCAUUUCUGAAGUCAAAAUGGCUCGCUUUUAUGUUCUGAUUGUUGUUCUUGCCCUAAGCUGCUGCAUAAGCUUCAGUGAGGGAAGGUCAUUUCGGGAGCUUCUCGGCGAGAUUUUCGAGGAGGAUACCUAUGACAAAUUGACUUUGGUAGAAUCAUGGGCUCCAUCUUUUUGCGAGAAGUCACCGUGUGAUAUCCUCAGUACAUACAAGAAGAACUGGACUAUUCACGGACUUUGGCCGUUUAAGAAUAACGUCAAAAACACACCAGUAGACUGUACUGGAACUUUCAAUGACGACGACAUCAAAGAUAUACGCUCUGAAAUGCUCUUGAAAUGGCCGACCUACAAAAGAGGGGGCUCUGUAAACGACUUUUGGAAGCACGAGUAUGAAAAGCAUGGGACGUGUGCUAGUGAUCUGCCAACGUUUAGCAGCGCCAAAAAGUAUUUUCGAGGCACAAUGGACUUGUAUGACAGAUACAACAUCAAAAGAAUUCUCGCGGACGGUACCAAUGCUGUACGCCCCUCAGACACAAUCAAAUACCCACUCGCUUACAUCACCACGGCUCUCAGAAAAGGUCUAGGUGUUGAUCCCGCUGUGUAUUGUGUGGAGAAAAAGAAGAUCCAGUACCUGUGGGAGGUUCGGAUGUGCUUCAGCAAGACACUGGCUCCAGUCACAUGCGGUGCCGCCUUGGCAGGUGGAGGCAAAUGCAACCCCCUUAAGAAGGUUCUUUACCCCACAUUCCUGAGUAAGAUCUCGACGACGACGGGGACAUCUGCUGACGCCAUGAGCGACGUCGCCGAGAUGCUAGGCAGGGAAAUGAUGAAGAUGGUGAUGAAGGAAGAAGAGGCGGAGGAGGAAGAGGAGGAGAUGGAGCUAUGGAGGAAUGUCAUGGAGAAUCCCUACAUAAGACAGAAUUCAACUAGGCUCUGAUGCUCAUAACUGAUAUCCAUGGAAUGGAAUUUCAGCGGAUUUCUUGCAUACCUCAAUUAGAAUUAGUUAUUUCUCAAUAAGCAUAUUAGCUAUUGUUACAUGGAAUCGCUAUUGUGAUACUAUCAUAUAAAAUAUCAUUCAACGUGAAACUACAUUAUCUUGUAAAUCGAAAUGAUAUGAGAAUCGGGCUACAGGCAUGCUUGUCCGAAAUUAAUUUGUAUGCAGUCUUUAUGGGGGGGUAGUAUGACCAAAAAACAACAUAAUGAUAUUAAUGUCAUUCUUCCUCUAGAUAUUCCUGUUUUUUACAAUGACGUAUGGCUUACUCUCUAAAAAAAUGUGUACGCGCCUUUCAUCUUUAAAAUCUUGACUUUUUUCGCAUAAAACUUCAAAAAAAUCGUGUGGAAUUAUUUACCUGAAGGUUAUUAUAUAUCGCACCGCUAGAUAAACUCGAUUCUUCGAGUUUCACUUUUGAUUUUAACGCGAGGCACAAAAAAGAUCAGUAACGUAAAUGCUCAGCAGAAUAUAAACAAUAUUUCGAAAAAUUGGAAUUGAUACAUUCAUAAAUGUAAUAUUUGUUUGUGGAGAAAUGCAAUAUUUUUUCUGUGUAAAUCUUCUUAAAGGAAUUAAAUCAUUAUAUCUACC